AUGAAUUUAGAAUCAACAGAUUUUUGUAAUAAGGAGAUGAAUGAAAUGUUUAGAUGUUUAGCCUGGUCACCAGCAGGAUGUUGUAAAUUAAAAAGUAGUUGUUUAUUUAUUGCAAUCACAACGAAAUUUCAUGUUUCAAUUUAUGGGUCAAUAUCUAACCCUAUAGAAAAUUUAUCACCAAAAAUAAUAUCAUGUUAUACCGAUAAAGAUGUCAAAGAUAUAGCUGAUGAAGUUAUUAUUAAUCAAUUACAAUCAAUUUCAGUUUCAUGGUCACCAUUAUGUAUCACUGAAAAUUAUGAUUCAUUUUCAAUUAUAGCAGUUGGCAGUAAAGGAGGAAGCGUAACUUUGUGGAAAUUUAAAGAAGAUGAAGAUAGUGAUGAUUAUUUAAGUUACUUGGAUACAUUGGAUUCGGUACAUAAAUCAUGGGUAACAAUAACUUCAUGGUCAAAAUGGAUUUCUUGUGAUGAAAAUAAAUAUGCAUCAAGUCUUAUUACUGGAAGUGAUGAUGGCUCUGUAUAUUUAUGGCGGGUUAUGAUUGAUAAAUCAAAAAGUCCAAUAAAAAAGGAAGAUGAAGAAAUUUCUAUUAUAUUGAAAGUUGAACUUUUCAAUUCUGAUAAUCGAAUUCCUUCAAUAAUUAAAUGGUGCAAUAAUUAUAAUAAUGGUGAAGAAAAAUUGGCAAUUGCUAAAGGGCUUAAGAUUUAUGUUUGGACAUCAUCAUCAAAGUCCUUGUUGAUUAGUAUUGACCAAGGAAUGCCAAUGGUUUAUAUGGUUUCUUUAUCUAAAAUGUUCACGGGUUUAAUUUGGAGUCAUGAUGGAUCCAAAUUACAUAUUUUCACAAUGGAUGGUAAUAAUUGGACAUUGGAGGUUACAAAAAACAAUGGAUUAAAAAUAGAUGAUGAAUUAACAAAUUGCAUUAAUGAAGUUUUAAACCAAUUUUUCUUGGAGUUGAUGGAUCUUGCAAUGGAAUCUUUGCGGUUGGAAAGAGCUGAUAUGCAAUAUCGUACAAAUAAUAGCGAGAUUUCACAUUUAAUAUUUUGUCCAACCAUACUUUAUAAUAAUGAAGAAACCCAUGAUUCUUUGAUUUCAAGAAUUAAAGAACUAAUAUCUGACAAAUAUUUUAUCCUUAGAAAUUCAAUUUCAUAUGUGUUAUGGGAUAUUUUGGAAUUUUGUGACCCGGAAAAUGAAACUGAAUCAGAUUCAUUACUUGAAAAAUUGAUUGCAAUUUGUAAACAAUCAUAUAAUAACAAUUUACAUCUAAAUAAUUAUGGUAACGAAGAUGAUGAAGAAUUAACAAAUAUUGAAUCUUUAUAUUUAAUAAAAAGCAUUAAUUUAAAUGAAAUUACUAGACAAUUGAGAGAUAGAUUAUAUGCGAAUGGUUUAAUAAAUUCAUUUAGAAUAAUAAUCUAUUUACUUUUAAAUGUUGUGAAUUUAGGAAUUUCAGAUAAGAAAAAAGCACAUUUUGGAGUAAUAAUUACUGAUUAUUUGAAGAAAAUUGAAAAUCAUUAUUUGAAAAAUGUUCUUUUACUCAUUGUCAAUUGUAUGAAAUCUGGAUUGACUAUUAAUGAGGCAGAUAUAAAGUUCACAUUGAGAUUAUGUGAUUUGUCACUUUUAUGUCAUUCAGAAGAUAAGAGUUUAUUAAAGAUUACAAAAUUUGCAUAUGAAUAUUUGGAUUCUUUAAAAAGUCAAAACUAUGGUAUAUUUGAAUCAUUAGAAAAUGAAAUAUCUUUAGUCACCAAUUUGAUCUCCUCUAACAGUAAAAAAGCAGGUUCUUUUGAGAAAAUAUUGGCCAUAUCCAAUUGA